GCUGAUGUGUAUGCCAGGGGCUAUUUUUUCUCAGACUGUUAGAAAGUUUGCUCCAAAGGAAAAUUAUUUGACAUGGGUUUUCAGUACAUUAAGGAUUGGAAACAACUUGCAACUACAGAUUUUGGUGUGGUUAUAAUGGGAAAUGAAAUAGACAAAAUUGAACUAGAGUUUCUUGAGAGUUGCGCUGACCAGAAUAACUUGUCCAUGAUGAAAAAUUAUUUAAAUGCAGCUCAGAGACAUCAGAGUGUUGGUGGUGAAAUAAUAUGUGCUCGAAAAAUUCUAGAUUCUCAUCUGCAUUCAAAGUCCUCCAAGUAUGUAUGGGAAGAUAAUUUUGUUUCCAAUCUGUUAAAACAUUCGGAACGGAAGAUCGCUACAAAUCAGAUUUCUGUAGAAACACUGGUUUGCUUUUGGAAUCUUUGGAAAGAUAAGAUUGGAAACAUUAUUGAAUUCCUCAGAUGUCCUGAAACCCAAGCUGUUAAAGAAUAUGUUGAUUUUUGCCUGAUUUUCUUUGGAGUGCGGAAGCAGUUUCAUAAUGAUAAAGUCAUCUAUCUUUUGCUCAACCCUGAAGCUGAUUGGGUGAAACAGUUGGAUCAUAGAUUCAUUCAUCGGAAUGGGAAGCUGGUUUCAAUCAAUUUUUACCAGUUUGUUUCAACUGCUCGAAGUUACUGGUGUUCAGAAUUACUUUCUGUUGGUAUGAAGGUUUUGGGCAGUGUUGAAGCCCUUUAUGAUUUAUCAUUAAAGAAUUCCCUCUCCAUGUUCUGCCAAAGCAUAUCUCUUACACGUAUCUAUGAGGUUGCAAAGUCUCUUUUGGAAUCCAAGUAUCUGGACCUAAGGGACCAUGAUAAUAAGACAUUGCGGCAAUAUGUUGAACUUUCCACUAAUAUCUUUGGCUACAUAUUUCCUCUGGACUGGCAGAUAUCAUUGGCAGAGAACAUGUUUUCUUUGAGAGGAACUGAGGUUAUGAAGAAUUUACUAAAGCAAGUGAUACAUCAAAACAUCAGCUCAACAGGUAGGCUGACGUAUGGGCAAAUUGGAAGAGUUGUAAUGGUAAUUCUUGGAUUGGGUAAGCUUGACAAUGAUUUAUUGAAGGAGAUUUUUGAUAGGUUUGAUGGGAUUCAUGAGAAUUCCUCCUGGAAGACCUUCAUUCAAACUGUGUGUGUGGAUAUGGGAUCAAAAUUUCCACUUGGUACCGUGCCUAACAAUAGUAGUGAAUCGCCAAGAGUGUUAUCCCUUCUGCUGACACUCAAGGAAGCUUUGGUAAAUACUUACAGGGCAGACUGGAUGAAUGAAGAGGACUAUAUGUCACCUGGUUGUUUUUUGCAUCUUGUUGAGCACCUACUGAUUUUGGUAUCAUGCUUUCAGGGUUACUUCAUCACUUCAAAGUCUUCUUUUGCUGAAUGGUUUAUCUACCAAGAGGGAGAUACCAGCCCAGAUUCCACUUCAGUGGUUGAAGUGCAACCAUUGCUUGGAAAUAUCUAUGACUUUGUUGUCCAUGAAGUUGUUAUGCGGCUUAUUAAUGAUAAGGAGGGUACAAUGAAAUGGAUCGAAAUGUCUAGAAUAAAUGCGAAAGUCUACUAUCCACUGCUGGUGUUGAGAUUGGUUGCCAUAGUAUGUUUGGCUCAGCUGAACUAUGGCAAUUAUUCAUAUUUACUUUUUGAUUUGCUUCAUAGGAGCUAUAUUACUGAGCAACUUCCAUCUGACUUUUAUGAUGUCCUUGGGAGAAGAUUGGACCAUUUGAACAAUGUAAAUGUGAUUGCUGAAGCAUUUAAAAAAAUUAACAAUCCUCUUGUAAUUGUGAGUUUGGGAAAAACUUGUUCACAAUUUCUAUGUCCUGAUGCCAUUUUUGUGGAUAUGACGGUAAAACAGUGCAGGGAGGACAUUGUAAGAGUCUUGUUUCCAAAGACAGUCAAAGCCUUGCAAGGUCAAACUGGAAUUAUUCAAGUGGAAACAACUAAUUCUUGCAGUGAAGUUCUUUCUUCAUGCAAUGAUGAUCAGGAGGGUUGUGAACUUGUACCUUCAAACUUUGUUUUGAACAACAUAAAUGGAAGCAAGCUGCCAAUGAAUUGUAGUUACUUUUGGGAAAUGCUUGAAGCAUUGAAGUCAUUGGAGAAUGGUAGAGAUCCAAAGAGCUUUUUUCCCAAUGCUCAAGUAAUCAAGGUGGAUGUGGACAAAAGUAUUCUCCUUGUGAGUACAAGCCUUCAGAACACUAUUUACCUUGAUGAUGAAAGCCUAUUGCAGGAAGUAUCCUGCAUGCUUGAUGAACUGAAGCUACUUUCUGCUGCUUUGGGUGUGAGUGAACCGGAGCUUGAGAAGAAUACGUCAACAAUUGGAGAACUUUCCAAGAGAUUGCUGUCAAGAAGGCCAAAUGUGGAGCCUAUAUUGAGUCAGCAAUUCUUGCAACAAGGCAUAAACAUUCUGGUAGAGACAUCAGAAACUAGAAGUACAUCUGUUGACCAGGAUAAUGAGGAUAAGUUAAAGGCUUUUAUUAGAAACUGAUUUUGUGUCUGCAGCCAAUUGUAAAAACAGUCAGGAAACAGAAAACAAGGGGGAAGAGGAACAAUUCCAAGAAAAAGAAAAUUGGUAAAGGAGGCAGGAAUAGAAGUUUCAAUGACAUCACAUGUUUCAGAAAUGUUCUUCAUAUGCACUC